AUGUCAUUACUCAACCGUCUGGCCAGCCUCACGCCUGCGGUACCCCCAGGUGCUGCGCUAGCAGGCACUGUUACGAUACCAGCAUCAUUGGGUUUUGUCCCUGUCGCCGUGCACUUUGAUCUAUUUGGGGAAUUGGUUCGUCAUGGAGGCCCAGCAAGCGCAGGGGACAUCGCUCGUGCAGUCAACGAGGCCAUUCAAAAGGAUGGUGGAAAUAAACCAGAGAUCUCGGUCCUCCUCGCUGCCGACACACUUUACAUCAUGGCCGGUCUCGGGCUGGUCGAGCGCGUGGACGAGGAUUGUUUCGUGGACAAUGCUAUUACCCGCCACAUGGUUGACAUGCCGUCGGCGCAGCAUGGUGCCGUACACUUUUGCACCGAAGGAAUGAUGGCGGGGGCGUUCUUGAUGAAGAAACUCCAGGAUACGAACUUCGCCUACCCCUUUGCAGAAUGCGAUGGGCCCUUCCAGUAUGCCUAUCAAUUGAUGGGCGAGAAGGAUCUGGCCAAGCAGCACACGUACUCCAUAAUGGAGGCGCAGGGCCGUAUGGACAGCUUUAAUCAGUUUAUGGUUGGCAAGUUCCUCAAAUUCGGGACCUUUCCCGAACGUGUGGCAGGGAUUGGCUACGAAUUAGGCGCCGUACUAGGUGUAGCUCCUCAUACUUCCAGUACGAGCUCUAGUCUCCGCGAUGACGAGGUAGCCAUGGUAGACAUUGGCGGCGGACGAGGCGAACUCCUCCUCGAAGUGCAAGCACACUACCCCCAACUCCAAGCAUCGCAGCUUAUCGUGCAAGAAUUCAACGCGGCCAUCGACGACGUCCCUGGCGUGCGGCUGAUGGAGUGGAACUACAAGAUCUCUGAGGAACAGCCGAUCCGGGGAGCGCGUAUAUACAGUCUGCAACAUAUCCUCCAUAACCUGCCCGACCUGGAUGCGGUGGCGUUGGUGCAGAAGUUGGCGCGGGCGAUGGUCCCGGAAUCGCGGCUGCUGAUUAUCGAGUAUGCGAAGAACUUGACCUAUACGAACUUGCACUCCAGCAUGAUUGCCUUGUAUGGGGGGCGUGAGCGCAGUUCGACGGAGUGGCGGCAGUUGGCGGGGGUCUGUGGGCUGAAGGUGAGUUUUGAGAAAUAUGAGACGGCUGGAGAGUCAUUGGUGGAGAUGCGAUUAGUUUAG